AUGACGGACGCGAUAAACUUUCAUGACGCGAGCAUUGACGAGAUCCUCUCGUUGGACCGAAUCCGUGCGACACUACAGCGGAUGGAAGAGACAAUUGUGUUCCGACUCAUAGAGCGUACACAGUACGCCCACAACCCUCUCGUGUACCAAGAAGGCGCCUUUGCGGAGCUGCGCGACAAGGAAGGGUGGAGUGGCUCCUGGCUUACCUGGGUGAUCAAGGAGACGGAAAGCUCGUAUGCGAAAUUGGGACGUCCGGAUGAACACCCCUUUACGCCGAUGGACCAGCUGCCCCCUCCGCUGCUCACUCCCCAGGACUAUCCGAGUAUAUUGCAUCCACACCAUGUAAAUGUAUCGCAUGAAAUUCUAGACUUUUACACGAGCGACGUGGUGCCUGUGAUCACGAAUCGUAUGCACCGGUCCACGGACGACCGCCAGUAUGGCUCUGCUGCGGUGUGCGACACAGAGGCGCUCAGUGCUAUUUCGCGGCGCAUCUACUUCGGCAUGUUUGUGAGUGAAUCCAAGUUCCGCGCGGACCCUGGCGCUUUUAUCCCCCACAUCCAAUCGCGCAAUACUGAGGCCUUAGCUGGCCUGAUCACCAAGCCAGCCGUGGAGCAAGUGCUGCUCCAGCGUGUGGGUCAGAAGGCGGAGGUGUAUGGCCAGAACCUUGACCCUGUGACACACGGAAAUGCGAAUCUACGGAAAAUCCAGUCGCAGGACAUUGUGCGUCUGUACCAAGAAUACAUUAUUCCCCUGACGAAGAAGGUGGAAGUCGACUAUUUGCUCGAGCGGCUCGAUGGUCUGUCACAGGAAGACAUUAAGCAACUUGUGCACUCAUAG